AAUGCGAAUGGUGUUGAUAAGGAAGAGGCUGAGAAGCAGCGUCUGAAACAGGGUAUGCUUUUGUUUGCCGAAAAGUACUAUCCCUCCUUAGCAGAUUACAUUCGUCAGUGGGAUGAUAAUCAGUCUUCCAGUGAUGCGUGUAGCGAAGAGGUGGGGGAUGAGGCCGAGGAGGACAACGACGACGAGGAUCGACGUUUAAAGCGGGGUCUGCUCUUGCUGGCUCAAAAGUACUACCCACCCUUGGCAACUUACCUUUGCCAUUGUAAUGAAAAGCAUCUGAUGCAGCAGACGCAUGCUGAAGACGAUUUGGAACAGGAUAAACAUUAUCUAAAGCGGGGUCUACUUUUGUUUGCUGACAAAUUUCACCCUACUUUGGCAAACUACAUUCGUCAAUGUGAUAACGUUCAGUUGUCUCAUGGCGCAAGUGAUGUGACUGGAGAGGACACAGAAGAACAGCUUUUGAAGAAGUACCUCCUAAUAUUCUCUAAGAAAUUCUAUCCCAUUUUGGCAACUUAUAUUCGCCACUGUGAGGACAAUCAGUUGCCGCCUGAUGUGUGUGGUGUGGGCGAGGAUGUUGAUGCUAGCCAUCAGUGUUCGCGACUCGGACCUCCGCCUUACGCCACUCCUUCAGAAACCAAUACUUGCCACAGCAAUGAUGAUCAGUCCAUAUCCAAUCCACCUAAUGUGGACGAGGAGGAUGAUGAGGAACAGCGUCUCAAGCAGGGCUUGCUCCUGUUGACUCAAAAGUACUACCCCUCUUUGGCAGCCUACAUUUGUCAGUGCGAUGACUAUCAGCCGUCCCCUUGUGAUCCCUGUGUAGGUGAGGAGAGGACCGAGGAGCAGCGUCUUAAGCAGAGUCUCCUUUUAUUUGCUAAAAAAUUUUAUCCCUGUUUGGCAACUUGCAUUCGCCAGUGUGAUGGCACUUUAGUUUUAAAUGAUGAGUUUAUCAAAAAUAAUGCCGCUAACUCUAACCUCGAUGCUAAGGAAGGUAGUCCUGUCGAUACGCCAAAGAUUGUGUGCAAUGAAGUGAAUGAAGUUCCUUUUAAGCACGUUAAUGCAUCAAAUCUUUCCUCUGAGGUUACGAUGGAGGCUUUUGAAAAAGUCAUGCCGCCCACUGGCCUUACUGUUGACACAUCAUUUCGAAGUAGCUUGUGCCAUUCUCUUGAAGGUGGAUUUGCUGAGUCUCCAUAUUACGUUGAACGCUGUACCGUUGAAUCUGUUGAUUCUACUGCUCCACUGUCUCAAUCCUCUUCCACGAAGUUGUAUUUCAGCAACACUGAGGAAUUUACCACAGAGGAAGGUUUUUCACCCACCGCUCCUUUGUCCAUCCAAAGGCGAAUUAGAAUUUACUUGGAGGACCUGGAGAAUACAGACAAAUUUGGAAACCCUCAGGAGGAGAUCAUCAUUGAUUCCAAUUUAGACAGCUGCACUGAUGAGUCGAAACUUUCUUCUGUUGACGUUGAAUUCACUAUGGAACAACGAAAUUCUCCUCCUCUUGAUUUAGAGUCUCAGGAUGAAGACCUCAAGAACUGCGUUUCCGCCAUUCUCAAACACAUUUGGUCGGAAUUAGUAGAAUGCAUCAGAAGGGAGGGUUUAAGCGACAUAUACGAGCUAUCCUUAGGUGACAGGCGAAUUGAGGUUCCACAAGACGACAUCUGUUUGGUAAGGUGA